AUGGAAGCAAUGAAGGCUGAAGCUGCAGUGAAAGACUGCACCUAUCAGAGCUGGACGCUCAGAGAGCCCGAAGCCGACCGCGGCGGCUAUCAGGAAACAGCAAAAACCGAGGAGCGGGCGAUGGACCCAGCGAGUGGGAUAUCGACCAUGCAGCCGGUCGAAUAUGAAACCAAAGAAGAACACCCAUCACCCAACACGGCGAGCAAUAUACCGGCGCCGCGAUCAAUGACCAAGUCAUUGAAAUGCGAUUACGUCGAGUUGUGGCGCGCUACAGCAGUCCCCUGGUUCGAGUCAGCCGACCUCAGCAUGGAUAACCUGGAUGAAAACGAGUUCUUCGAACGUAUCUGCAUGAUCAUGGGCGAGCUGGCGAACGAGUGGACCGUCACCAAGGCCGAAAUGGGGAACAAUGCAAGAAAUUGCGUGUGGACCCCUUUGGCGAUGUGGCAAUCACAGCUCAAGCCCCCGAAUUUACUCAAGACAUUUAUCAAGGCCGUGGAUUCUUGUAUUACACCAUUCGAUGUACGCGACCGAGUCGAAGAACAGAUGAAGACUGUCCAAGCCAGCACUCUGGUGGAAUUUGAUCGCGGCCAACGGAAAAAGCCCCGCGCCAAAAAGGCGGUUACACCUAGCCGUCCCCGGUGGACCGUGGACGUGACGAACCUCCUCGUGCUCGAGAAGCGACGGGGGGCCGAUAGAGAACAGCUGGCCAAGCGAGCAAAGUAUGGCCCUGGUCAAGACGACAGCGGCGCGUUAUGCUUUGUAUGCCAGCAACCGGGACACCGUGCGCACAAAUGCCCAAACAAAAAAGAAGAUUCGGAGCGAGUCGACCACCUUCGAAAGGGCAAGAAUGCGGUGCAGCGCUUCAAAUACAAGCAGCGCAAGGCGGAAUUGAAAUCGAAGCGAGUAGUCAAAACCACGGUGACCGAAGAAGACGGCAAACAGCGGUGGAUUCGACACAACGUCGUGUUCGAACGAAAGAACCGACAGGCCGCUCAGCGUCACUCUCACGUUACGCCCAUUCUUCGCCUAGAUGUGACGACUCCCAACCGCGACUUACACCUGACCAACAUCGGCAAUCUGGCCCAGGCGCUCUUGACGACCGCGGCCAACCUAACCAUGGAGGUCGACCACUUAACCCGGCAGCCGCCGACCGGCGACGACAGACGGGAUCGGAGGACUGGCAACAGCAACGCACGGAAAUGGAGACGGAACUGGCCCGCUUGCGAGAGGCGAAUGCACAUCAACGCACACAGCUAG